AUGUACGCUUCUAUUCAUCGUUUGACGGUUGUUUCCCGCCAUACGAAACCCCUCUCCCUUUUCUACUCUUUUCUACCCAUCACCACCCGCAACAAUUUCACAUCCCCUGCUCACCAGACCCUCCAUCACCUCCUUGAGAAAUGUCAAUCAAUGAAGAAACUUAAACUAAUUCAUGCCCAAAUCAUCCUCCAUGGACUCCAACAACAAACACUUACCAUUAGCAAAUUGAUUUCCUUCUGUGCUGUGUCAGAAACAGGAGAUCUACAGUAUGCCCACCUUAUGUUCGAUCAUUUGCCUCAACCAAAUAGACAUACAUACAAUAGUUUGAUAAGGGGUUAUGUGAACAGCGAAACCCCAACAAAAGCUCUCCACCUCUACCAUCAAAUGACUUGUGUUGGCAUUUCACCAAAUGAAUUCACAUAUCCUUUUGUUCUUAAGGUGUGUGCGGUGUUAUCUAGAUUAUUAGAUGGGGUUUUAGUGCAUGUUCAGAUUAUCAAGUUGGGAUUUGAAUCAAAUGUAUAUGUGCAAAAUGGGUUAAUUAGUGUUUAUUGCGGUUGUGGGGCCAUUAGGGAUUCAAGAAAGGUGUUUGAUGACAUGGUUGAUAAGAGUUUGGUUUCUUGGAACACGAUGGUUGGUGGGUACUCUAAGAUGGGCUAUUGCAGGGAAGCGUUUUUAUUGUUUAGGAAGAUGACGGAACUAGGCGUGGAGCCUGAUGACUUUACUUUUGUUAGCCUACUUUCUGUUUGUUCACAGAACUGCCAGGAGGCAUUAGGAAGAUUGUUGCAUUCAUAUAUCGUGAUUACUAGGGCUCACAUUGAUAUUUAUGUGCAGAAUGCUAUCGUGGACAUGUAUGCGAAGUGUGGGCAUCUGCAUUCAGCUCAGACAUUCUUUGACCGAAUGAAUGAUAAAAAUGUGGUCUCAUGGACUACUAUGGUCAGUGCUUAUGCUAAAUAUGGUCUAGUGGAGUCUGCCAGGAAUCUAUUUUACCAAAUGCCAGUAAAAAAUGUGGUUUCUUGGAAUUCAAUGAUUUCCUGCUAUCUACAAAAAGGUGAAUAUGGUGAAGUUUUAGGUCUGUUCAAUGACAUUUUCCAUGCAGGAGUAACUCCUGAUGAGUCGACUCUGACUAGUGUUCUUUCAGCAUGCUGUCAACUUGGGGAUUUGGAAAUGGGUAAGAACAUCCACAAUUAUAUAUGCUCCAACUAUGUAAUACCUAGUGUCACAUUGUUCAAUUCAUUGAUAGACAUGUAUGCCAAAUGUGGAUUGUUAGAAACUUCUUUGAGCAUCUUUUCCGAGAUGCCAGAAAAGAAUCCUGUUUCAUGGAACGUUAUGAUUGGGGCACUUGCCUUCCACGGGUGUGGUUUUGAAGCAGUGGAACUCUUUGACAGAAUGCAGGCUGCUGGAAUUCAGCCUGAUAAGAUCACCUUCAUGGGCUUGCUUUCUGCUUGUUGUCACAGUGGUCUAACAGAAAUAGGUAAAUAUUACUUUGACAGAAUGAUUGGUAUGUAUGGAGUACCACAUGAAAUUGAACACUAUGCUUGCAUGAUUGAUCUGCUUGGAAGAGUAGGGCUAUUUGGAGAUGCGAUUAAGUUAAUAAGAGGAAUGCCAAUGAAGCCUGAUGUUGUAGUUUGGGGUGCCUUGCUUGGGGCUUGUAGACUUCAUGGGAAAGUCGAAAUCGGGAAGCAAGUACUGAAACAUGUGUUGGAGCUUGAACCAUAUACUUCGGGAGUCUAUGUGCUUGUAUCAAACAUGUUUUGUGAAGCUGGAAGAUGGGAGGAUGUGAAGAACAUAAGGAGACUAAUGAAGGACCAAGGCAUCAAAAAGAGCAGAGGCGUUAGCUCUGUUGAAGUUAACGGGCAUGUUUAUGAAUUUAUGGUUGAUGACCAAAGAAAUGAGUUGUCAAGCAAUGUAUACGAGUUGCUGGAUCAAUUAUUGGAUCAUUUGAAGUCUUUCGGGCAUUUUAGCAGCUCUUCAGACACAUUUCUAAACACUGAAGAAGUUUAG